AUGGAGCGCAAUCACCACGAGGACCAGUGCAAUGAGAUCGAAGCGCUCGAUUCGAUCUACUGCGGCGAGCUGGAGGUGCUGGAGACGGAACCGCACAAGUUCCGAUUGCCGAUCGCCACCACCGAGUACGAUCCGGAGGUGGAAACGGAAGGCCUCUCCUGCAAGCUCCUGUUCACGUACACAGCGAAAUAUCCCGACACAGCGCCGCUGGUGGAAAUCGAGGAGCCGUCCAACUUCCACGACGGCUACGAGGAGGAGCUGCUGGAACACAUACACAAAACGAUCGAGGAGAACCUCGGCAUCGAGAUGAUCUUUUCGCUCGUGUCGUCCGCCCAGGAGUGGCUGAACGUGAAGUACGACGAGCUGAAGAAUGCGGCCGAAACGGCCAAGGAAGAGGCGAAGCGAAAGGUCGAGGAGGAGGAGAUGAAAAAGUUCGAGGGAACGCGCGUCACCGUGGAGUCGUUCAUGGCGUGGAAGCUCAAGUUCGAGCAGGACAUGGGCAUUACGGAGCGAAAGGAGAAGGUGGCGGCGGAAGCCCGCAAGCUCACCGGUCGGGAACUGUUCCUCAGCGACAAUACGCUCAACGAGUCCGAUCUGAAGUUCCUGAUGGAUGCCGGGGAGUCGAUCGAGAGUGUGCGCAUCGACGAGUCGCUCUUUCAAAACAUUGAUGAUCUUGAUCUGGACGACUCGGACGACGAGAACGACGAGGACUACGUGCCCGAGUAGCGGGCGCGGGGGGCGAAGGCGAAGUGGCGUGUUCCGGAUUGCGGAGAGGCGGGUGUGUUUGCUUGUUGCUUGAAAAGACUGUAAACUGCCGAAAUACAGUGAACGUUAUACCUUA